AACCAACAUCUCAAUUCAAAAACUAAAACCAAAACUAAAUCAAAGCUUUUUCCAUGUCGAUCAUCGGAUACCUCACGAGAUCCUCUUCUCGGUUCUCCUUCACCAGACCCUCCUUCUCCCUCUUCUAAUGCCUUCUCUAACCCUAAUUCUAGCACUACAUUCACUUCUCUUUCUUCUCCCUGGUCUCCUGGUCAUCCUAAUGCUGCUCGACACUUCUCCGGUGGCCGAUCUUUGCUCAGCCAUCGCGCUCAGAUCCGGUCCUCUGCCGCACUUGCUCGCUGCUUCGAACGUCGUUUUCAGUCCAUUGCGACGAGGAAUUCGUUUGAGGGGGUUUUGAAGACGCUGGAGAAGCCUGGAGGUGGGGAGUUUGGGAAAUAUUAUAGCUUGCCGGCGCUCAAUGAUCCAAGGAUCGAUAGACUCCCGUACUCGAUCAGGAUCUUGUUGGAGUCGGCAAUCAGGAACUGUGAUGAGUUUCAGGUGACGGAAAAGGAUGUGGAGAAGAUUAUUGACUGGGAGAACUCUUCUCCUAAGCAGGUUGAGAUCCCUUUCAAGCCCGCACGCGUUCUUCUUCAGGAUUUCACUGGUGUUCCUGCUGUUGUGGAUCUAGCAUGCAUGAGGGAUGCUAUGAAUAAACUUGGGGGUGAUUCAAAUAAAAUCAAUCCACUAGUUCCUGUUGAUCUUGUUAUUGACCAUUCAGUUCAAGUUGAUGUGGCAAGAUCAGAAAAUGCAGUUCAGGCAAAUAUGGAACUUGAGUUCCAGCGCAACAAGGAAAGAUUUGCGUUUUUGAAGUGGGGUUCAAAUGCUUUCAACAACAUGCUUGUUGUACCACCUGGAUCUGGUAUUGUCCACCAGGUGAACUUAGAGUACCUUGGUCGUGUUGUCUUUAACAAUGGUGGAAUGCUUUAUCCUGAUAGUGUUGUUGGUACUGACUCACACACAACUAUGAUAGAUGGUUUAGGUGUUGCUGGUUGGGGAGUUGGUGGAAUUGAAGCUGAAGCUGCCAUGCUUGGUCAGCCAAUGAGCAUGGUACUUCCUGGUGUUGUUGGGUUCAAGUUAUCAGGAAAGAUGAAGAAUGGCGUAACUGCUACAGAUUUAGUUUUGACAGUUACCCACAUGCUCCGAAAGCAUGGUGUGGUUGGAAAGUUUGUGGAGUUCUACGGUGAAGGCAUGAGUGGACUAUCACUUGCAGAUCGUGCCACAAUUGCCAACAUGUCACCUGAGUAUGGAGCCACAAUGGGUUUCUUCCCUGUGGAUCAUGUUACUCUGCAAUACUUGAAACUCACUGGCAGAAGUGAUGAUACUGUGGCCAUGAUAGAGUCUUAUUUACGGGCAAAUAAGAUGUUUGUUGACUACAACCUGCCACAGAUAGAGAGGGUUUACUCAUCAUACUUGGAAUUGAAUCUUGAAGAUGUGGAACCUUGUGUAUCAGGACCUAAAAGGCCACAUGAUCGAGUUCCGUUAAAAGAAAUGAAAGUGGACUGGCAUUCUUGUUUAGACAAUGAAGCAGGAUUUAAGGGUUUUGCUGUACCAAAAGAUUCUCAGAACAAAGUGGCAGAGUUCUCUUUUCAUGGAACACCAGCGCAGAUAAAACAUGGUGAUGUUGUCAUUGCAGCAAUCACCAGUUGCACCAACACCUCAAAUCCUAGUGUGAUGCUUGGAGCUGCUUUGGUUGCCAAGAAGGCUUGUGAACUAGGCCUUGAGGUGAAACCAUGGAUUAAGACAAGCUUGGCCCCUGGUUCGGGAGUGGUAAAAAAGUACUUGGAAAAGAGUGGCCUGCAGAAAUAUUUGAAUCAAUUGGGCUUUCAUAUCGUUGGUUAUGGAUGUACAACAUGCAUUGGGAAUUCUGGUGACCUUGAUGAAUCAGUCUCAUCAGCAAUUUCUGAAAAUGAUAUUGUUGCUGCAGCAGUUUUGUCUGGAAAUAGGAACUUUGAGGGUCGUGUGCAUCCCUUAACUAGAGCAAACUAUCUUGCAUCUCCACCUCUGGUGGUUGCUUAUGCUCUUGCUGGCACGGUCGACAUUGAUUUUAAUACAGAACCUAUAGGGACCUCAAAAGAUGGGAAGAAGGUUUACUUCAGGGAUAUCUGGCCAUCAAAUGAAGAGAUUGCAGAGGUUGUGCAAUCGAGCGUGCUACCAGAUAUGUUCAGGGGUACCUAUGAAUCGAUCACUAAAGGAAACCCUAUGUGGAACCAACUGCCGGUGCCAUCUGGCAGUCUUUACUCCUGGGACCCAACAUCAACCUACAUUCAUGAGCCUCCUUACUUCAAGAAUAUGACUUUAUCUCCCCCCGGCCCACAUCCUGUGAAGAAUGCAUAUUGCUUGCUAAACUUCGGUGACAGUAUCACAACCGAUCACAUCUCACCUGCUGGAAGCAUUCACAAAGACAGCCCUGCUGCGAAAUACUUGAUGGAACGUGGUGUCGAGAGAAAAGACUUCAAUUCCUAUGGUAGUCGUCGUGGCAAUGAUGAAGUGAUGGCAAGGGGAACAUUUGCUAACAUUCGCCUUGUCAACAAGCUUUUGAAGGGAGAAGUUGGUCCCAAAACAAUACACAUACCCUCAGGAGAAAAAUUGUCAGUGUUUGACGCCGCCAUGAGAUACAAAACUGAGGGGUGUGCUACUGUCAUCUUAGCGGGAGCAGAGUACGGAAGUGGCAGCUCUCGCGAUUGGGCUGCUAAAGGACCAAUGCUACUGGGUGUGAAAGCGGUCAUUGCCAAGAGUUUCGAGAGAAUCCACCGAAGUAAUCUUGUGGGAAUGGGCAUUAUUCCAUUGUGUUUCAAAGCCGGGGAAGAUGCUGAUUCCCUUGGCUUGACCGGCCAUGAACGUUACACAGUCAAUCUUCCGAGCAAUGUGAGUGAUAUCAAACCUGGUCAAGAUGUCACUGUCACAACUGAUAGCGGGAAAUCAUUUACAUGCACUCUUCGCUUCGACACCGAGGUGGAGCUAGCGUAUUACAAUCAUGGUGGAAUUUUACCGUAUGUCAUUAGGAAUUUGACCGGUAGCAAGCAAUAGUCAUGUGAAGUUAAUCUCAUGUUAUGAUGACGGGGAACCACAAUUUUUUGCCGGAAGUUUAAAAAUUCUUCGGGCAUGAGUUUUUCAUCAAUUUUGCCCUGGAAAUAAAAUGUGCUGUAAAGUGAAGAGGAUGCCUUUGCUUUGAUGAUUGUUUCAUUUUAAAACGUGUGUUUGAUGCUGUGAUAUUUCUUGAGGAAAGUUGGAAACAGGUCCAGUUUCUGAGCCUAGAGCACUAGACUCAGAUGUUGGUUUUCUCUUGUUUGUUAAAAUGGAAACCAUCUUAGGGGCUGUUUGGU